GUUGCCUGGAGCGGACAUUAGAUAAGCAGAGUGACGUCCAGAAGGUGGGAGCUGUUCCCGAGCGUGGCCAACGGGCUGCAGCACUGACUCCACUGCGAGCCUGUCAAACACAAACCAACACAAGCCAUCAUGGCGGACUGGGACGCUGAGAACUUUGAGCCGGACGAGCCGAUUAAAAAGGCGGCAGCGAUGGAUAAAUGGGAAGGCGAGGACGAAGAGGAGGAUGUUAAGGACAACUGGGAUGAUGAAGAAGAUGAAGAAAAAAAAGCAGCUGCAGCAAAAUCAGAGACAAAGGUUUCUGAAAAGAAAAAGUUAAUUGAGAAGAUCAAAGAGAAAGAAAACAGGCUAAAGAAAAAACAACAGGAGCAGAAGGAAAAAGAGUUGCAGGCUGACCAAGAAGAGCUCACUCCUGAGGAACAACAAGCAGAGAAGUUAAGAGUGAAGAAACUACAGGAAGAUGCCGACUUGGAGCUAGCAAAAGAUGCUUUUGGUGUGAGCAGCACUUCAAACAGUGUCACUGGGAUUGAUGCCAUGUGUCCAUCUUCCAAAGAAGACUUCACAGAGUUUGAAAAAUUGCUGAAAGAAAAGAUAACUCAAUUUGAAAGAUCUGUGCAUUAUUCAAGUUUCUUGGAUUCAUUGUUUCGGGAACUCUGUAUUUCAUUGGAAGUAGAUGACUUGAAGAAAGUCAGUAAUUCUCUCUCAGUCCUACUUAGUGAAAAACAGAAACAAGAAAAACAAAACAAAGGAAAGAAGAAGAAGAAAGGCGUUGUUCCUGGAGGCGGUUUGAAAGCACAGUUGAGAGACGACCUUGACUAUGCAGAGUUUGAUGGUGGCUACGCCCAAGACUAUGAGGACUUCAUGUGACACUGGCUCCAUCACUAUUGCCCUUUCCCCCUCUCAACCCUCAGAAAUGCAGCUGUACCUUCUCAUGCUGUCCAGUGCCAUCCUGGAAAAUCUGAACUAUGUGUUGCCCCCUUCAUUUUGCUUCAAUGACCAGAGGGACUAUACCAGGGAGCAUCCAGUUUCACCAACUCUUUAUGUUCAUACAUAUGGAAUUGCCUUUUCUCUGUCUCAUUCAGCCUCUACUCACACUCUUGACACACACACACAAUCAUGUAAUAUCGGUUGGGUGACCCAGCUUCAAUGGAGAAUACAUUGUAACUGCUGUUGUCUGUGUUUUGCAGGGCUCGUUUUUAUUAAAUGUUGCUCCUGUCAAAAUGGCAGAUACAGUAUUGCAGUUACAAGUGUAGUGACAUAGGAACACAAGGUUCUAUGCAAAUUCUUUAACCAGAAUGUCAUGUGUAUAUAUUAUAGGUCUCACUUACCUGUGGAUGGUUCUCUAACAGGGAAGUAUAUAGUAUCUAUAACUUUGGUUGCCAAAUUCAGAACAAUUAUUCAGUACAUUAUUCAUCUUUAUCUCUGGAAAGGUUGCAUUGUGGGUGAAUUUGAGACUGACGCAACAUGUAAGUAGUAGUUGUAAUUUUACAGAGAGCACAUGACAUUCACUGUAAGGUAAAAGGGAUAGAAAAGUAUAAUAAAUGUGACUUUAAAACCUCACAGCCAUUCUCGAUACAUCUCUGGAAUAGCCUUGAAAAUAUGGAGCAAAGAGUGCUUUUAGGUAUUUUUUGUGCAUGACAAAAAGUAAUUUACUAAUUUGAUUUCUACUAAUGCAGAAAAAGUAUGGAUCAGGCAAGUGGAUUAACUUGCUAAGACUGGUCUAAUCAUUGCUUCUGCAGGCUUGUAUCAAGUGUGAUGAGGAGCGGGGGCUUAUGGGCUUCACCCCACCAUGUCUUCAUAUGGGCUACAGUUAGUUGAAAGGGGCAUAUUUCUCCUUUUUCUUUUCUAGCAAUUGACCAGUUUCAAUGUUACAUGGACAGUUGGAUACAUACAACGUGGAAGAUACAGCAUCUGCAGUGUUUUAUAAGCAUCUAAUUUAAUAAAUCACUGGUCAAAAGUA